AAUAAUAUAGGUCUGUACUUUAGUCAGAUUGGUCACGAGCAGUCAUGAUAACGGCCUGUUUACCGCCAAGAUAAAGAGAAUUCAUACAAUAUGGCGGUCUUUCAUCGUAGAGUCACCGGUCUCACUCUUUUGUUUACGUUUUUGUUCAAUAAUUUAAAAGGUGAAGUGCUGUUUUCCAAAGGAAGUGGGGAAGUCGCGGUUAAUUUUCCUUUGAAAGAGAUCCAACUGCACGAUGACCUGGUGUUCCCUUUUUUCGGUCAAAAUUACCAUUCCCUAUACAUAUCUAGAGAUGGGUUCGUCGCGUUCUCAGAGUAUGCUCGCUACGUCACAAGUCGUCAGUUUACGAAGCGGGACGAAAAACACAUUAAUUCAGCGGAGGAUUAUCCCUUUGUGGCACCGUUUUAUUAUGGUGGCGCGGAUCUUGGAUCAACCCUAGAACAAGGAAAUCCUUACAGAGGCAAAAUUUACUACAACCAGCUGAAGAAGGGGGACUCACAACAACAACGAGAACUAGAGGAGAUUGGGAAAAACAUCACUGCAUCCAUUCCAGGUGUCAGGGAAUUUGACCCUGAGUAUGCGCUGGUUGUAACAUGGGUGAAGGUCACUGACCAAUAUAACACGGGUAUUCUAAAAUGUACAGAUACACCAGGAAGAGAGUGUCAGUCUAACACAUUUCAAGUUGUUCUUGUGACGAAUAGUACUCUGAGCUUCGCAAUUUUCAACUAUGAAGAAAUGAACAUUAGGUUCCCUUCUUCAUCAAACUACCAAGCAGGAUUCAACGGUGGUUAUGGAAGAGGAUGGUCCUCAGCUAUAUCUGUCAAUCGUAUAGUGAACAUCACUACGCUCCAAGCCAGUGACCGGAAAGGAAGGUUUAUCUACCAGAUCAACGAGGAAUCGAUUAUCAUGGGAGGGUGCGGAAAUCCUGAUGGGAAACUGGAGAUCGUUCCUGACUUUGCCGGAUUACUCGGCGGACAGAUGGUGGACGUCACAGGCCCUUGUUUUUCUAGCGGAAGCUAUUCAUUGUCAUUCGGAAACUCCCAGAGAACGUCGUCACCAGAAUGUGUGACAGAGGAGGGUGGAGUGGAUAAAAUGAAACGUCGAUGCGAAAUACCCAUUCUGACAGAACGAGGACAGGUGUCGGUGUUUAUGAAAGCACUGGACGGCAAGAUGUACAACACCACCAUAACAAUCGUCCUACCGAGUAUGAUGCCAUUAGAUGAGCAUGUGCAGCUUGUCGACCGAGGACCAAACUCUCGAUGGACUGAUACUUCCGCAACAACAUUAAAUUUAAAAUGGAGUCCACUGGUUUUAUCAACUCAUUCGAAUGCGAAAGUUUUAAUUCGACUUCGCGGAUAUAACAAGAAGCUGAAAUCAUGGGAUCUCACCGUUCCAAUCACUGAAACCUCCGUUUUUGUGAAUCAAGGUGGUUAUCAAUUUAAACCAAGCGAUAUAACUUGUGAUGAAAGAUGUGAAGGUUAUGAGGUUGGGGUUAUUGAGGUCGAACUUCAGCAUCCUAUAAUGGCCAACAAAUAUCGUACCCUUCGGAGCAAACCUACUCCACUUGGAUGGCUCGUCAGUAAGGGAAUGGUAGAUUUGUAUGGAGACUCCUGGCCAGGAGCUAAGUGCCAGAGCUGGUAUGACAAAGAUGUAAUGAUAACAUCCUGGUUGAAUUCCGUCCCAGCAUGCCCUUGCUACCUUCAACAGGCUCUUGUAGACAUUGGAAGAUGGCAGAAGGACUUUGGGUGCAACAUCUUCAGUGAAAGUGCGAACAAUUGCAAAUUUCACUCCGAAGCUGUUCAUUGUGCACGAUCAGUGCAACCAAACUCAUAUGGCGCCGGAAAUCAAUGUUGCUAUAGAGCUGAUGGAACGUUGAUAUACUCUGCCGACUCAUAUCAAGGAAGCACCCCGGAUCGAAGCCAUGACUGGGGUUCGGCCCCAUAUAAUACUCAGGAUAUGGGGGCCCGCGUGCCUUCAUUGUCUCAUUGGGUGGAUGAUGUCGUCUCGUUCUAUUACUGUUGUCUGUGGACAGGAUUCAACAAAGACUGUGACAAGUAUAUGAGUCUCCGACCAACACGUGAUUGUACAACAUACUCUUCUCCCAAACAAGCUAUGGUGUAUGGUCAAGGAAAUGUUAGGACCUUUGACGACGAAAAAUAUCAUGUAUGUGGAGAAGGGGAUUUUAUUCUACUGGACUCGUCACCUGUUUCAAUUGAGGGUCGAUUCCAGAAAUCCCCCUUCAAUCAAAAUUACAACUCAACAAUACUGACUGAUGUUGGUGUACGAGCCGGAAACGACGUCAUUGAGAUAAGGUUGAAAGGACCCAGCACAGAUCGGUCUAAACGAGUCCUAGAUGUCCUUGUAAAUGGACAAUAUCAAUUCCUUGACAAUGGACAGCAUCGAUGGAAGGAUUUUACAGACUCAACGGUAAUGAAUAGUGAUGACCCAUCCAACACUAUGGCAUCCAAUGUGACAGUGAUUACGAAGAGUGGAGUUGGGAUUCAAGUUGCAGAGAAAGACGAAAGACUGUGCCUGCUGGUCAUGAUUCCCCCACAGUUUGACAGUAAGGGUCUGCUGGGUAGUUGGAAUAAUAAUAGUGACGACGAUCUAAAACCCCGGGACUCGCCUUACCCCAUAGUAUACAAAACUCCUCAAAAAAUCUACAGCCAGUUUGUUUUCUCUUGGGCUAUCACCAAAAACAAAGGAUCCUCCACAAUUGUUCCUUUCCCAGUCUUCGCUACAAACAAGACAGAUAUGUGUGUUUCUCAUCCACAAGGAUACCCUCAGUGUCAUGAGGAUGAGGCCUGUAACCACGACUACUGGUCAACAAAGAACUGGACCUUAGCCUAUCAAACAAUGAGUAUGUCCUCUCGUUAUCAACAUAUACAGGAAGACAGGAAACAAGUGCGGUCCUGUGGUCUCUUGAAUGUCCCGCUAAGCAUUAAAAGUACUUAUAACUACAGUUUGGGAUCCAGUGUGACCAUCACUGGCUGUAGGAGGGGGCAGCUGACCGGUGAUAAGGAAUACUCCUGUGUCGCAAAGGAAAAAUCAAAUACUCAAAGCUGGAUCCCUGAUAUUACGGCUGAAUGCGAUGAGUCUCCUGAACAGGCAGAUACUAUGAUGAUUGUUGGCAUUGUCAUCGCUGUGGUCGUUGUCCUUGCCAUCAUUAUCAUCAUUCUAUUGGUUAUGAGGAAACGACGAGGAUCAAUGAAGGAAGAGAAGAAAAGUGAGCCUGACGCACAACAGUACAGUGUGGUCGCCCAGAAGGAACCUAAAAUAUAAGUGACGAAGACAGCACGUGCAAUAUAUAGCCAAUCAUAUCGUAAUGCAUAAUGAAGAGUUUUUGAGAUGUAAAGAAUUUUUAUAUAGUUAUAUCUGUAUCUUUGAGGACUAGACAUUGAAAACUUCAAGAAACAGAAGCAGAGCAUGAUAAAAUUGUGUUUAUGUUUUUUUUAAAAGUUCAUAUGGUGUAUCAGAAGUGUUCAAUUUGCAAGAUCAAAGAAAAUGUACCAAACUAUCAUGACUGAUUGUAGUACAAUGCAACUUAAAUGUUUGAUGUGUGGGUGAAUAUUUUAUUUUCAUAACUAUGGUUUGAGAGGUUUCUGGGGACAUCUGACAUUGCACUUCAUUUUAUCGAUCCGUAGGUUAAAAUGCUUUUUAACCCAAGGUUUGUGUUGAUGAACAAUUCAACCGUGAUAAUUUAAAGAAAUUUGAGAUGUUAUUUGAUUAUGAAUUAUUUGAAAAGCGUUCAAUAGUUGUGCAUUUCAACAGUUGUGCAUUUCAACCCUCAGAAUGCAUAAUAGUAACGUUUGUGUGUUAUAUACAUGUAUAUAUAUAUAUAUUUCAUAUACAUGUAGAUCCGACAGUUUUGAAUACUGAAUGUUGUUGGUUCUUCAGUGCUUUAUAUAUAUAUAUAUAUAUAUAUAUAAUUUUUUUCUAUGCCAUAGGACUGUUAUUUUCAUAAAUGUGUGUAUGUUAACAGAUCUCGUUAUCUCGUGUGCAGCAUUCUUCGAAUACUCUCUAAGAGCAUCUCAUUUCACUUUGUGUAGAUGAUAGUCUUAAGACCUGUAGUGUUUGUGUUACUUGUGAAAUUGAACAAAAUUUCAAAUGCCUUUUCCCUAUGAUACUUAAAAAGUCUUGUCAUACCUCAUGUCCGUUAUACUUGAUUUUAUGCUCUGAACUUAGAUUGAGUUUUGGACUUUUAUUUUCAAAUUUAAAAAAAUCCCUGCACGUCGUCAAAUUUUUCAACUUUUUAUAGGAGUCAUGGUGUUAAAUGCUAUUUAAGUUACCGAUGUUUUAGUUCACAUAGAGGUAAUUGAUGAUAUUUUAAAGAUAAUUAUAUCAUUAAUGCAUGAAAUAAAAGCUGUCAUUGUAACCGCUGUAGAUUUGUGUACAUGUGUAUACCUAUUCUUAGUUUUCUCUUCUUGCGUCUGAUGACGGUGAAAGUUCUAUAAAAUCAUUUCUUAA